CACUGUUCGAUAAUAAAAGAGAGAUGGAAAAUAUAAUCCUUAUUUAUACCACAUACCGAAUAGAAUAUUUUGUGAAUAAACUGUAUUUGAGUUUUAUCGCUAUUCAAAGAAUUUCAGAAUGUCCGAAACCGAAGAAUUCGUAAGUGUUGAAGAUAUUUUGAAAAAACUUCCUAAAGAUGAGUAUGAAAAAAUACGCCGAGUGCUAUAUGGAAAAGAGACAUAUGCCUUACAAAUAUCAGAAGAUGCCGAAAAUCUUUCCAAAAAGUAUGGUUUCGAACUAUUGUCGUGUGGAUUUAACUCUGAAAAAGAACAACUUCGUCUUCCAAGAAGAAUUAGGGUCGGACUAUUUCAACACAGUACUCCACUUCCCACGUGGAGUCCAAUAAAAGAAAUGCGAGACGCCAUAUUCAAGAUGGCAGAACAAGUCCUAGAAGUUGCCUAUAAAGAAGGAGUGAACGUUUUUUGUUUUCAAGAAGCGUGGAAUAUGCCUUUCGCUUUCUGCACUAGAGAAAAAUUACCCUGGUGCGAAUAUGCCGAAGAUGCAGAAGAAGGACCGACAACGAAAUUUUUGCAAGAGCUGGCACAACGGUACAAUAUUGUAAUAAUCUCUCCUAUUUUGGAGAGAGAUCAAAAACAUGGCGAUACUAUAUGGAACACAGCCGUAGUUAUUGAUAACCAUGGAGAUUAUUUAGGAAAACAUAGAAAAAAUCAUAUACCGCGAGUUGGAGAUUUCAAUGAAUCAACCUACUACUUUGAGGGAAACACCGGGCAUCCGGUAUUUGAGACUGAAUUUGGAAAAAUUGCCGUAAACAUUUGUUAUGGCCGCCAUCAUCCGCUCAACUGGUUAGGAUUCAAACUAAAUGGUGCUGAAAUUGUUUUCAACCCGUCGGCAACAGUUGGUGAUUUGAGUGAGCCGAUCUGGGGAAUAGAGGCACGGAACGCGGCAGUAGCAAACACUUACUUCACUUGUGCUAUCAACCGAGUAGGUACUGAGACUUUCAAAAACGAGUUUUCAAGUGGAAAUGGAUUGCCAGCGCAUAAAGAUUUUGGACAUUUUUAUGGUUCUAGUUAUGUAGCGGCUCCAGAUGGAUCCAGAAGUCCAGGUCUUUCAAGAACAAAAAAUGGUUUGCUGAUAGCUGAACUAGACCUGAAUCUUUGCAGACAAGUAGAAGAUCGUUGGGGAUUCAAGAUGACUCAAAGAUUGGAUCUGUAUGCUGAUUUGUUGAAGAAAACUAUAGGUGAAGAUUUCAAACCUCAAAUCGUCAAAAAAAAGGCUAUUUAGAACACAGCAUCCAUAACAAUCAAAAAUAUUCAACAUUCUGAAUAUGUUUCGGUCAGAAAUAAAAAAAAACAUUAAAUUUGGAUUUUUAUUA